AUGGCAAUGAAGGCCCCCACUAGUUGCUCGACUUUGAAGCCACCGGUGGCGGUGCCUCUCCCUCUCCGGCCUCCGCCGCGGAGGCUUCUCGCCGGCAGCGCUUCCCUCAAAACGUCUUUCUUCAACGGUGGUGGUGAGCGUUUGAUGUUUUUCCCCAUGGUUUGGGCUUGCCGGUCACCACUUCUGUCUUCCAUUUUGUUUUCGUCCAAGGAUCAUUAUUAUAUUUACCAUUAUCAUCAUCGUCUUCGUCGUUUGUAGUCUUUUUCUUCUCGAUUCCUUUACCUGCGUGCGUUCGGAAUUCCAUUCUGAUUGUUGUUGUGGAAAAAUAGCCACGGUGCGUGUUUCCUCCGUCUGUCCUGGCCGAGCUACUUGUUCCUUUCUUUAACUCCACACUGAUUGUACGAGCUUUUGAGCAACAUGGACAUCGCGGAACCUUUUGGAACUGUUGCCUUCUUUUGCGUUCAUGUCCAUCAUGAGACUGUUCUUUGUUUCUACUGCGACGACAUAGGUAGUUGUUAGAGGCCGGUCAUUAUUUGUUGCUUUAAAAGAAAACAAAAAAACUGGGCAGAAAUCUUUUCAACUCUCUUCUUAAUGACCUAACUGCUUUUUUUGCGGAUGUACUGCGGGUUGCAAUGCCCUAUUACUCAUGCAUGUCAUCUAUCUGGUUAUGGCUCAAUUUUUCGUAUUUUAUUAGUGGAUAACAUUGCUUUGUCGCUUACUAUAUUUCUGUGACGCACUUCUCUUAUAGUUGGGUCUCUAAAGGCCACUGGGAUUCAAAUAUCCAAUCGCAGCAGGUUGAGAUAUGCUGGCCGUGGUGGAGGGGCACUUGGAGCCCAAAUGAACUUGUUUGAUAGGCUUACUAGAGUAGUUAGGGUAAGUGAUCUCCGGAAAAUGAUUCAUUAUCAGUGUUGUGGUAUUGCUUGAUGCAAUUUUUGAAAUGGAUUAUUAGUUAUUGGUAUAACUUACUGGUUCACUCAUGUCCAGUCAUAUGCAAAUGCGAUCUUGAGUUCAGUCGAAGACCCUGAAAAGAUAUUGGAGCAAGCAGUGCUCGAAAUGAAUGAUGACUUGACAAAGAUGCGUCAGGCAACGGCACAGGUAUCUUUCAUUUUCAGUUUACCAAGUAGAUGGAUUGAUGCUUAUACGUUGUAUGUGGUUGCAUAUGACUGCCUCUUCUGUCGUUUCUCUGAGAGCUUGUAUUAUUUUCUGGUAGUACUUCAUCCUCAUGAACAUUGACUGGCGCACAUGCGAGAUUUAGACUACAGUAAAAUGGAGCUACUCCUGUCAAAGCUUAGAUGUGGUUUACUUCCGCAUCCAUAUCAAUAAGAACAGAUGUGCAGGACCUAGGCUUGUAGCAUCUAUAAGUAUGUAGUCUCCAAGUGUAUCAUAUACAUGAGAUCUGUGUUCACGUCUCUAGAUAUCUUUUCCUUUUUCAUAGACAUCGUGCCUAUUGUAAACUUAAAAAAAUAUAUUCUUUUUUAUGUUUGCCCUACUUUAAAUUUGGUCCGCCUUGCAUAGUUCAGAGUGUAUGAGGAUGAUCAAACAAGUCCUAGCGAUAGCACAGAGAGUUUUACUUGCAGUUUUAUAAACACUCAACCACUAGGUGUUUGGUCACCAUAAAGUGAUUGGCCUAUGAGCGAUUCAUAAUCAGUCACAUGUGACUGUUGGAGUGAGUUCUUCCCAUUGUCUCUUCUUUUUUUUUUUCUAAUCGAGUUCUCAUAAAAAAGUGCUAAGAGUAUUAUUAUUAUUAUAUUUAUAAGUUAUACUUUGUAUUUUCAUAUUGUUAGGAAAAUAUCCUAAUAUUGCUUCUUUCUUCCUCCAAGGUCUUGGCGUCACAAAAGCGGUUGGAAAACAAAUAUAAAGCUGCACAACAAUCAUCUGAAGAUUGGUAGAUAAUGCUCAGAUAUUUUUUAUUGCUAAUAGUUGUGUUCAAUAUAUGUAUUUUCUCUGUAAGACUGCGCUCCUGUCAACAGGUAUCGUAGGGCACAACUGGCUCUUGCUAAAGGUGACGAGGAUCUUGCCCGUGAAGCACUCAAGAGGCGUAAAUCUUAUGCUGUACGUAUCCUUUUUUUAUAUUUUAAAGUGUAACUCUUUUUUUUGAAGCGGGAACUUUAAGGAAAAAAUAUUUUCCUCACGAUUUCUUCUAAGUCAUGAGGAACCAUCUUAUGCUGCCAACAUGAUUUAUUCCUUUGAAGAGGAAAAUGUUCAUUAUCCAAGGAUGUAGCUUGAGUCUUGCCAUUUCAACGAUCUUAGUCUGUCCUAAGAGGGAAAAACGGUGGAGAGAUGGAGAAAAAGCUGGGAAGAUGAGAAGCCUUCAAGCGAAAAAUCUCACAAAGAGAAUGCUCAUUUUUUACUUGAGAAGCAUUUAUUAAUAUUUAAACAGUCGCUUUGCUCUGCAACUCUUCGGUAUGCAGUGAGAGUUAAUCUUCCUGAACUAGAAACUUUGGAAUAGGACAUAUAUGUCUUCCCUCUGGGUUUUAGACAUAGAAGGUAUAUGAUAGUAUUACUUAAGAAUCAAAGGUUAGACAGUUCCACCUGACAGUAUCUCGUAAUUAAGUAAAACUGUGAAACAACUACUGUAUCCUACACUGUCUCUAUGACAUAAAUCGUAGCACUAUGCGUGUAACUACAGGUUCUAAACCGGUGGCUUACAUUUGUCCCAAACAACAUUGGAUGAAGUGCAGAUAUUUGUUCAUCUCGGUCAAAGACUGCUGUUUAUCUACUUGUCUGAAUGUCUAUCUCCAGAGGACAUAAAUAAUGACACGAGAUGUGUAACUACAGGUUCUAAACCGGCGGCCUAGAUUAGUCCCAAACAACAGUGGAUGAAGUACAGACAUGUUUUAAUCUCAGUCAAAGACUGCUUUUUAUCUACUUCUCUGUGUGUCAGUUUCCAUAAGACAAUUCGUUCUCUGGGUCUAACAUCCGUGCAAAAUCUUUCAUCUCAGGCGAAAUAGUUGUCAAUGCAUGAAAUCAACUUUUCCCUAUCUUUAUGAACUUUUCGAGGGGACUUCCCUGGUUUCCUCAAGCUUUCACAAACUUGUGCUUCUUCACUAGAUGUCUAGGGCUCGUUGACCUUGAACAAUCUCUUGAGAAUGCUCCUUGACCUAGAUCUUAGUCUCAUGAUUCUCAAGAAAUAAAAUCGUAUAAAAUGUUUGCACAAACAAUAGAUCUAUCUCUGCAGUUAUCCAACCUUCCUCUUAAUAGGCACAGUUAAAUCUGGGGAACUCUAAAAUUCCAGGAGUAACUUAAGGAUUCAAAAUGUUCAAACCCAAAGUGUUAUUCAAGGUGAUUAAAUUUUGUGCACUUACCAUCAUCAGCCAGCCUGAUCAACCGAAUCUUGAUCCUGUCUCAAACACAGUUUCAAGGUUCUUUGAUUUGCAAAUCUCUACCACUUAAAACAUCUUAGCCCAGCGUUUUAGUUGUCUAUAGUUAAGUACAUUUUUGGCACUGACUUUAGCUCAGUGAAGGGUAUACUAGAGAUGGGGAAAAGGAUAGAAUUGUGAAAUUGGGGGAAGAGAUGCUAUUAUUCAUAUUAUGUAGCUGCUUCAUAAUUAUGUCGUCCCGUAUAAUUAUUGCACAAAUAGAUAUAGGAAGGCAACUGGCCAAGAAUAACAAUGCUUUAUGACAAUCUGUUAACAAUCUGGAACACAUAAUUUACUAGAAAUGAUUUAUCUUACAUGUGGAUAGUUACGUUCAAUAUUCAAAUUUUUCAGUAUGCAAAUCAAUAAAUUCUCCAGAAUUCAGGUAAAGUACCUUUUGCCUAUUAGACUCACAAGAAAUUCAACAACUUAGUGGCGGCUGUUAGUAUUCCUAUUUCUGCUGACAAAAAACAAAUUCAAAUGGUACUUUCCUGCCUGGCUGCUUAGCCAGAUGUAAAUGGUACAUGGAUACCUGAUUAAAAGCAUAUCUUAAAGCAAUGGCUUCCGUAAUAUGCUUUUGGCUUUGAAUAUUUAGUUGUUGUCCUUGCUUACUUUCUUCAGGAUAAUGCGAGUUCCUUGAAAGCUCAGCUUGAUCAGCAAAAGGGUGUGGUCGAAAAUCUGGUGUCCAAUACUCGGGUGAGCAUUUUUUUGUUGUUUUAUCAACUGUGAUUUUGGGUUUUCGUAUUGAAUGAUUUGUGUCCGGCCUUUUCAACAGCAUCACUAGUAAAAUCCCUUCUUUCUCUCCUUGUGGACAUCAUUUUACGUGAUUAAGUUUCUCCAAGAAGUUAAUCAAUGUCGCAUAAUUUUGACGAUUGUAUCUUCUGUUUGAGACAACAUUCCCUGACAUCGAGUAAACACCAUGCCUCAUGCUUGUAAGGUGAACUUCUUGCAAAAUUGAUAAUGUUAUUCUAUUCAUCGUCGGUGCUCUCUUGAGAGAAGACCACGAAGAGGGAAAGCAAAGCCUAAAUCACUGUCAGGUGCUGCCUUUCUGGCCGUCAAUCCCUAGACUAGUUGGAUGGUCAUUUUUUCCUCCUUUUUUAAGUGUUUGCUGAUUUGCAUUUUCAAAUGUAUUAGAUCUUGCCAGUCUUGGAUCUGAUCCAUACCCUGCCAACUUUGCAAUGCCUGCUCUGGCAUCCUAUGUCAAAGAAAAAAACUGUGGUUGUCGUCCUCUGUUGGUGAAAAUGAUCAAUGCAGCGCCAGCAAUUGAUUUUCUUUGCUUUGAAACAUUGAAAUCACAAAGCUUCUCUACAAAAAUAACCUCUCCAUCAUUUAUAUAUAUUUUGGAAGACACAUGACAUGGCUCCUGGAGUCGAACAUUUAUUUGUCCCUUGUCUGUGAUGAUGUUUUUACUUAGAUUUUAUUUUUUUUCGAAAUUUGCCUAGUGUGGCUUUCCAUUACGAAUAUGAUCGGACAUGGUUGUAAGUUGGAAAAAUCAUCAUGUUGUAUUUACUAGGUUUCACAUUUUUCUUUUUGUAGCUUUUAGAGAGCAAAAUACAAGAAGCUAGGUCAAAGAAGGAUACUCUCAAAGCUCGGGCGCAGUCUGCAAAGUACUCUUCCUUUUGAUCCAUCUUCUAACUGUAGUUUUGAUUAUCCACUAUUGAAAAUAGUUGAAUUAUCGGUUGAUGAUUGUUUUAGGACUGCGACUAAAGUUAGUGAGAUGUUGGGAAAUGUCAAUACAAGUAGUGCACUUUCAGCUUUUGAGAAGAUGGAGGAAAAGGGUAGGUUUCCUCUUUUGUGCUCAUUGUAACUCAUGUGAUUGAAUUGUUUGUCUCAUUGACUGUUCAGAAAACAUGAUAAGGCAUGAGGAAAUUUCUUCACUCUAUAGAAAGUCAGCAUAGGGAUGAAAAUCAUUUUGUACCUGUGAUUUUAAUACAUAUCCUUCUCUGUGUUAUGUCUCAUAAAAUUUUAUCCAGUAGUCCGUACAUGAAAAUUUCUUCUUUUUGAAAUGAAUUUCGGUAAAUAGUGAUUGAUUACUUCCAAUUUUUUUAAGAACAAAUUCCAUGAGAGUUUGGCAGUAAUUGUUUUAUAAUACUGAGCAUUGAAACGAUCUAGUCCUCUGAUCAAAUGCUCCUUGUGUGAUCUUUUCUUCCACAUACUUGGACAAGUAAUGGUCAGAAAAGAAAUUAGUUAAAGAAAGAUGUUUCAUUGAUUGGUUAAUGCCAUUGAUGAAUUUAGUUGUUGAGGAUGAUUCUGUGCUAGAGUCUACAAGUGUACUUCUGAUUUCUCCUUCAUCUUUUCCUUAAUGUCUCUUGUGGUCAACUAUUCUUAGUAGAAAUUCGUUGAAUCCUGGAAGGGUGCGACUGUUGGUCAUAAUCUAUUCAAAAGCAUGUUCUGUCUUCUCAUUCUUAAAAUGAAUGCCAGUAUGCUGUAUAAGCUUGUAGUUGAUGCACUAAAUUUUUUUGACAAUUGGUUUCAAAGCAGGAGGUUCCUACAUCAUCUAUAAUUUGAAGUAUAUUCUUCAGGCUUGUUUAGACAAUACCCGCCAACAGUCCAUUGUGUCCCACUUCUUGGGUUUAGUCAUAAUGUUAAAUGAACACUUUAUAGUUAGUGGUAAACCUAAUAUAGUUUCUCAAAUAGUUCGUCCUAAAAUUAAGGGUACUCUUGUUAUUUCUCUGCUCUUUUUGAAUAAGUUUUGUAUCUAUUGUCAUUACACACCAAUUUUGGUACUCUUGUUAUCGAAAUUGAAGGCUUUGAUCGAAUUCGGGAUCUGAGUCAAUAAGCCUAGAACCCAAGUCGGAUUUAAGAGUAUCAGUCUAUUAAUUGCCCUUCAAGAUGAAAGUUUGAAAUUCUGAUAAGUUCUUCAUGUAGAUUUGUAUGCCGAGUUCUUGAGACUUUGUCUACCUUAUAUCCUCCUUCUGUGACAUGCUAACGUCAAUUUAAAAUUGGGCGAAUGGUCCUAAACUACAGUCGUCUUAUUCUCUCUGAACAGUCAUGGCUAUGGAAUCCCAGGCUGAGGCUCUAAAUCAGCUUACUACCGAUGAUCUUGAAGGGAAGGUAAGGCCCCUCAUACUAAUAUUUUCAUAUUGGAUAUUAUUAAAUGCUCAGGUUGUGCCCCUGUCAUUUUCUCCUUGCAGUUUGCCCUGUUGGAGAGCUCCUCUGUUGAUGAUGAUCUUGCAAGUUUGAGAAAGGAGCUGUCAGGCAGCUCUCUGGUACUUCAUUGCUCCUGAUGAUAUUUCCGAUUAUGCAAGUGUUAUACGAAUCAUUUCCACCCCUGUUGCUCAAUUUUGGCUUUUAACAGAAAGGGGAGCUUCCAGCUGGUAGAAGCACGGUUAGUAGUGGCAGCUCGAGCUCUGGUUUUCCAUUUCGGGAUGCAGAGGUUGAGAGUGAACUCAAUGAGCUACGAAGAAAGACCAAGGAGUUCUAG